CGAACGUUGGUUCCGGUCCUCAAGAUGACUGUCCUCACGUAACCCGUACCUAUGUGCACCUCUUCUGGGUGAUCGCUUGAAACUGGAACACCAGAAAGAAAUCAGAGUAAUUUGUACCGAACUGGCUUGCACUUUUGGGGCCCUGCCGUGACAAUGCCACACUGCCUAUGCCCGGAGCCGCUGUCAGCUGCUCAGCUCAAGCGACUGGAGGAGCACAAGUACAGCGCCUCGGGUCGGUCUUUAUUCGAACCACCGUGCCAGAUAUAUUGGAAUUGGUUAGUUCAGCAGAUACCGACGUGGGUUGCACCUAAUACGUUGACUAUAGCUGGACUUAUUGUCAAUAUUGUCACCACUGUCACCCUGGUUUAUUACUGUCCGACAGCAACAGAGGAGGCUCCAGGGUUGGCCUUUGUCCUUAGCGCCUUAGGCCUGUUUAUUUACCAGUCUCUGGAUGCCAUUGAUGGAAAACAGGCCAGACGCACCAAUAGCAGCUCUGCACUGGGAGAGCUCUUUGACCAUGGCUGUGAUGCAGUCUCCACAGUUUUUGUUGCCGUGGGAACGUGCAUAUCCUGUGGGAUAGGAGCAUACCCUAAUUGGAUGUUCUUCUGUGGCUUUGUGGGCAUGUUCAUGUUCUUCUGUGCACACUGGCAGACAUAUGUGUCUGGAACAUUGCGCUUUGGCCUGGUUGAUGUGACGGAGGUCCAGAUUGCCAUUAUAAUCAUGUAUCUGAUGACUGCUUUUGGGGGAGUAGGUCUCUGGGAAAUAACGUUGCCUGUUCUGGGAGUGAAGCUGCACAUUUUCCCCAUUCUGGGCAUCAUUGGUGGCUUCCUGUCCUCAACCUACAACUAUUUUUAUGUGAUCCUCAAUGGUGGAGUAGGCAAAAAUGGCUCCACAGUAGCAGACACCAGUGUGCUGUCGCCAGGGCUUCACAUUGGCCUUAUCCUCACUCUGGCUUUAAUCAUAUUUAAGAAGUCCUCCAGUCAGCUGUUUGAACUACACCCCUGCCUAUACAUCCUAACCUUUGGCAUGGUCAUUGCCAAGAUUUCCAACAAGCUUGUGGUAGCCCAUAUGACCAAGAGUGAGCUUCAUCUCCAUGACACUGCCUUCAUCGGUCCAGGGUUACUCUUCCUUAACCAGUACUUCAACAGCUUUAUUGAUGAAUAUGUUGUCCUUUGGAUUGCUUUCGCCCUGUCUGUGGUAGAUCUGAUGCGUUACUGCACAGGUCUGUGCCUGCAGAUUGCUGCUCACCUGCACAUCCAUGUGUUCAGCAUUACCCACACCCACAAAGACUGACGUUUUGCCCGGGAGGAGCAGGCGGGGGGGCAUGGUGAAGAUGCCGCCCCGUUACUGACGACAGAGCAGGAAAACCCUUCAGAUCCAAACCGCAGCAGCCUUUUCAGCGUAAGCACAUCUGACUGAGCGCAAUUCAGUCGGGCUAGGCCGAAAUGAAUCAAGCAUGAUGCCAUGAGUGACAAGACAAUUUGGUGCGAAAUACUCUUCCACUUGGCGUUAAUGUGUAAGCCCCUUCAAGUGCAGGGAACAAACCAUCUCACCGGAGGGAAAUGAGCAUUUACGUAGCAUACAUGCUUGGAAAAUGAGUGGGAAAACUUUUUUUUUCUUUUUUUGACACUGUAAUGCAGUUAGAAAGUCUGACCAGUAUCCUGACCACUGCCUGGGAAAGACUGAAUAUUUGGAAGAAAACAUAGGAUUGCAGUUGUAGUGUUUGGCUGAUAAAGUGGGUUUUUAAAAGACAGAAAACUAUUCUGUGACCAGUUAAAAUGCUAAGUAUUUUGUGGUAUGGAAUUUUGGAGGAUGUCAUUUGACAAAACAAAACAAGCAAUUAUGGCUGAGUGUGCAUUUUUUUUUUGUAAUUCCUGAAAUCAACUGAUUGUCAUUCAGAAUAGCUGAAUUUGGGCUGGUUUUGUAAUUUGUUCAGCAGACCUAUCAUUUUCACUGUCACCAGUAAUGUACAGUUAAGGCUUAAAUAUUAUAAGUAAAUUUAAAUACCAUCAAAUUUUAAAAUGAACAUGAAACUGUAACAGCAGUGGUGUAGCUCACUGAAUAUCGAUUGUUAAAUUAUUACCUUUCAUUGUACAGUUCUGUGUUUUUCAAAGGCAGUUUAACCCAGAAGACAACAUAUAAGGGCAAAACAGCCCAGCUCAGACACAAAGUAAUAUAAUUUAAACGAAACCCAAUGUUUUUAUUGACGUGGUCAUUGCCUCUCACAUAAGAACCCCAAACUUCAUUCAGAUUUAAAAAGGUUCGAAUACUACAAACACAUUCCUGUCUGUCUGUAUCACAGCAGAAAACAAGCAGAAAAUCCUACUGCAUACAGUUUUUUUUUUUUUUUAAAUUAAGUACAGUUUUAAUAAUUGGGUCGAAUCUGGUGAGAAUGAAUCAUGCUAGGAAAACAAAGAAAGAAACAAAUUUUUUUAAAUGGCCAAUCUUACGAUCAUAUUAACUCUAAGAAGUGGACUUGAGGUCAAAGGGCAUAAUUUCUUUGAGGAUCGGUAUUUCAUAUUGUAAUUGUCAAGCGCUGUGGUUUAUGGUGGGACCAGGAUAGUGUGUUUAUGAUGGAAACAGGGACAGCUUGAUCUCGGAGGAACUACAGAUUGUCUCUUACCCAUUUUUCUGUCAUCCUUUUUGUAUCUUGGUAAGCCUUUGGCGUUUCUCUGUACAAGAACUAUGUCCCUGUUCAGAACACACAGUUACUCUCUACCUGCUUCUGCUCCUCCCAAAGGGCUAAUGACACUAAUAAAUUUUAUGUAAUUUACUAAUAAAAAUGUGUCUG